AAUCGCCGCCGAAUGAGCCAAGCUCGGGAGCCGCUUCUGAGCUGGGCCGUGAGCUAGCUAUGUGGCUAGCUGGCAAGCUAGGUUGGUGCCGCCAGCCAGCGACAACUAAAAUUUUUCACCAGUUCGCGUUCGAAGCGCCGAAUUUCAAUUUUAUUACACAUUUUAUAUUUGAUAUAAACUCGCGACGCGCGGAGCUGACUACUGCCCUCCAGCUCUGCUCUGCAUGGAACCCUGUCUCAUUUUUUCCGCUUCUCAUUCAGUACGUGUUUGUUUUCUAAGUAUCCGUUCCGAGCGCAUACAAUAUGAAAACUUCCGAAAGUUUCGAAAGUUACGGAAGAAUAGAAUAGAUCACUUUUAUUCAUAUUUAUUUAUUUUCCGCGUUUCCAACCAUCACUUUUCCGAUAUUCAUUUAUUGUUUUCCCCGCUACGAAUCGCGUGCAUUAUCGGGUUAAUAUCGACUGUAGUGUGAUGUAUUUUGUGUGUUCGUGGCGUUAUCAGUUCCAUUAUUGUUAGAUUCUUGGUAUUUACAAUUACAUCAAUGUAGUGAUUUACUCUCAAUUUCGUGCGUUAUCAGUGUGUGAUUGAAGUUCGACGGCAUUUUUCAUCGAAUUUCCUGCGGCGAGAAAUACAUGAGUGAUGUGUUCAGUGUUCUGGGGAAAAAAAGUGCCUUAAAAUUAUAAAAAAUCAACACUGAAUCUCGUAGAUAAUAUCAAAAAUUUCAUUUAAAUAAUCGCCAAAAGAUCAUCAAUAAAUGGCACUAAAGGCACAAAAUCUCAAAAUUAGAGAAAACAUAAAAGUUUAUAAUAUUUUGAACAACGUGCGCGUACUUAAAGUGAUCUCAUAAAGAUAUAUAAAUCAUCUAUUCCAAUCUAUCUUAACAUUUACGGAAUUACGUCGAAAAAACCCAGCAUUUUCAAAUGUUAAACAGUCAACAUCAUUUGCAAAAAAAGUAUCAGUACCAGUUAGCGGAUUUCGUCUCAAACAAUACCACCAACGACAACAACGCCACAAUUCCAUCCUCAAAUCAACUCUUCAAUGAUUUCAACGACGGCGAAAUAUCAACGAAUAACAACAAUCCGAUGACCGAUCAAAGUCAUGACAAAUCCAUUUUUUCAUAUAAUGAUCUGGAAGCAGCUCUACAACAAUUCUGCAUCUCAUCUUCAUCGCCAACAAUUUCGCCAUCAGUCUACGCCACAGCCGUUAAUUUAAUCAACAAUAACAAUAACAGCAACAACAAUAGCAGUAGCAAUAAUACGACAACCAUAAAUUCAUCGCAAUCAUCCCUAAAUAAUAGCUCAAAUCGACUAGCAUCCAUUUCGCCCCUAUCCCUGUCACCCCAUUCAUCCACGAGUACUUUAAAUCAGGGCAGUUCCCACAGUGGUUCACCGACUAAGUCUAACGAACAUUAUCAUCACCAGCAGCAGCAUCACCAUGGCUCCUUUCAGCACCGCUUGAAUGCAUUCCAUCAAAAUUUGAAUAUCCACCACAAUCAGCAACAACAGCAGCAACUCAAUCAAUCCUCGCAUCAUCAAUUCCACCAGCAUUCCCCUAGCUUAGGUAGCAGAUUAAUUUUAGGAAGAGGAAGUGAAAGUCUCGGAAGUCACAACACCAACAUGCAUCAUCAACAGCAGCAACUCCAACAUCAACAAUCGAUCUCGUCGCCAUCAUCAUCGAUAACGUCUAUUCCGUCCAUGUUGUCGCCUCAACAGCAACAACAAACACAGCCAAUAAGGAGCUUUAGUCAACAGCAUAAUUCACAUCAGCAACAUCACCAACAACAUCAUCAGCACCAUCGACAACACAACCAUCAAGCGCAUAUGCAGUCAUCAGAUACGAAUCCUUCGUCGCCAACAUUUAAAGUUUGCUGGUGUUUUGGUGAAUUUUCCGGAAACAAAAGCAACGACACAACCAGUGGUGAUGCCGCAUAUCAUUUCAAAAUAUUGGUACCAGCUGUUGCAGCUGGUGCUAUUAUUGGAAAGGGUGGUGAAACUAUAGCAUCACUGCAAAAAGAUGCUGGGGCUAGAGUUAAAAUGUCAAAAUCACAUGAUUUCUAUCCAGGUACACAAGAACGUGUAUGUCUCAUAACUGGAUCAGUAGACGCCAUAAUGACUGUACUAGAUUUUAUAAUGGAUAAGAUUCGCGAAAAACCCGAUUUAGCAACAAAAAUCAACGAUAUCGAAACAAAACAGACACAAGAACGUGAUAAGCAGGUUAAGAUUUUAGUGCCGAAUUCCACAGCCGGUAUGAUAAUCGGUAAAGCGGGUGCCUAUAUUAAGCAAAUUAAGGAGGAGAGUGGUUCCUAUGUACAAAUUUCGCAAAAACCAAAAGACAUAACACUGCAAGAGCGUUGUAUAACAAUUAUCGGCGAAAAGGAUAAUAAUAAAACUGCAUGUAAGAUGAUUCUAGCGAAAAUAGUUGAAGAUCCACAAUCGGGUACUUGUUUGAAUGUUUCAUAUGCGGAUAUAAGUGGGCCAGUAGCUAACUACAAUCCAACCGGUUCACCAUAUGCAACCAAUCAAAAUGCCAUUAGUUCGAGUACGGCCUCACUGAAUUCUGCUUUGGGAACGACAGUCGGCGGAACAGGAAUUCUAGUGAAUGGUACAGGCAUAAAUCUGUCCCUGAACCUGACAGCACCGAAUCCGUCGCCUAAUCCAACAAUUGCGACCCAGCUUCUCGAUCAUAUCAAGGUUGCUAUGAGAGGCGCUGGAUACACGGAAAGUGUUACAACUGAAGUUUGUGGUGCGCUCGGAGUCUUAGCCAAAUACGGAGUUCUUGGGGUAGGUGUUGGUCUACCACACACAAAUGGAGCACAUUCAGCUCCCGUUAGUUAUUUGGGUGUAUCUGCUUUAGAACAAUCAGCUGUUAAUGCGGCUGCAGCAGCAAGUGGUAGCGUUUUCGGUACCCUGGGUCAGGUCAAUUUGGAACAAUAUAUUAAUCAGCAAUCAGCGGCCCCACGCCAAACAAUAGAUGCAGCAGCAGCUGUACAAUUCGACCCAUUUCGUCAUACUGGCUCUCAAGCAGCUACACCAAUUUCAAUAAACAACAAUAAUUUCGGCUUGGCCGCUGCAACAACUGGUGCUACAGCACAAGCUCUAGGUGCGCAGACUUUAGGAGCACUUAGUAAAAGCCCAACACCCGGCGACCUUGGUGCAAAGGAUGCGAAAAAUAUUGAAAUACCGGAAGGAAUCGUAGGCGCUAUAUUAGGUCCCAAUGGUCGUAGUUUAGUUGAAAUACAACAUCUAUCUGGCGCUAAUAUUCAAAUAUCUAAAAAAGGCAUAUUCGCUCCUGGCACUAGAAAUCGUAUUGUUACAAUAACUGGUCAACCCAGUGCCAUAGCAACGGCACAUUAUAUUAUUGAUCAAAAAAUCAACGAGGAGGAGACAAAGAGGGCGCGUCAAAAUCAAAAUAGCUUAACACCUGUUAUGCAGUAAUUAAUAUUGUUUACAUUAUUAUCAAGUUCACCAUAGCUGUGUAUAAUAAAAAAUAAAAAGAAAACAAUGAUAGCUAAUAAAUUUACAAAGAAUGAUAAUAAAUUUUAAAAAUAAUUCAAAGCAAAGAAAGGUAUAGUUCUAUUGUAUUUAAAGAUAAAAAUAUUUUAAAAUUCUGAAAUAGAUGUUUAACUGCGAAGAAAAAGAGAAACGAAACUAAAAAGUAACUUUUAUGGAAAUGUUGAGUAUUUAAGGAAAAUAAAAACAAAAUUAUAUAUUGUUCAAUUAAAAUCAAUAAAAGCAGAUUGCGGUUUAUCAUAGAAUUGCUAUUUCAAGCUACGGAAUGACUAUUUCUAUGGAUUCAAAAUCGGACGCCUUAAACAACUUAAUUAAUAUCCAAAUUCAAACCAUACAUAGCAAAACAAAUGCCAAACAAUAAAACAACGAUAAUAAGAGAAGUAUGGAAAACCGCUUGAAAUACUGCAAGAAGACGUGAGCGUUUUCAGUGAAUACUGAAUAUCAAUUCCAUUUAUUUCUAGUCGUACUAUUAAAGUGGACUUUACUAAACUACCUUUUAAAUUAUAGUUCGCUUUGUAUUUCGUUGAUUUUUAUAUAGUUAGUAAAAAGAAUUAUUGCCUUUAUCUUAUUAUAUAUUUUAUUUUGACAGCUUCUAUAUUAAUAAAAUCCCUAUGAAACAUACUGCAAGGUCGAAAAUUAAAUUUUUAGUUUAUUUUAUUAGUAGAAAUCUCCAAAGGUUAAAUAGCUGAUUUGCUCUUAUAAUAUCAAAACUCCUUUUCCUUGCAAAACGGAAUCUUCUAUGCAUUUUGAAUUUCUCUUCAGAAUGAUUUUAUUCUUCAGUACAUAAUUCCAGAAAUGUGAAAAUAAGCAACCUCGUAAAAUUAGAAGCGGUUGAGCCAAAAAUGUCACACUACAUAACACCAUCAAUAAGUGCACCAUGUGCACUUGAAAGCUGCGUUGAUGUGAAUAUAAAAAGUGUUAACUGGGCGAAUAUUUUGGAAACUGGCUUAUGUUUCUUAAUGAAAACUCACGUUGCGUCCCAAACCAAAAAUUAAAGUCUGACAACGGAAAAAAAAAAACAAACGAAGGAAAGCUUCAAAUUGCCAUCAUCGAGAAGCUAUAUCUAUGAAUAAUACUUGCUGUUAAGUUGAACUAAAAUAUCCUAAAUCAUGAAUGAAGCAAUAGAAUCGUCACAGUAAUAUCAGAUGCAGGUAGAAUAAAGUUGUAGAAUAACUAAGUUCAACUUUGUGUGGUAAUUAAAAUGAAUGGUUUGCUAGUUGAAAAAUGACCCAGGCGACUCUAUCAGUUAACGAUUUAUAAAUAUGACAGUUUCUUUAUUCGUUGCUUAUUUUCUUUUCAAAUCAAUGUGAAAUUCCAAAAUUGUGUAACCAAAAAACGAAAAAUUUGAAUUGGUAUGAUAGUUCUAAAGAAAGGAAAUUGAAGAAAAAGUAAUAGGAAUAAAACAAUAAAUUAUAACUAUAUUUUGCGCGCGCCCAUUUUGUUUAUUUUCCUUAGUUUUGAUUGAUUGAUGAAACAUCACAUAACUUAUUAUCUUUCUGCUUAUUUUAUUAACCCUAAGAGAAAGGGAUAAGAAAUAACCUAGUAUGUUCUAUGCCAGGAGUUUUCAAUUUAGAUUAGCAUUAACUCAAUACUUGACAUUAUUGUUCAUCACAGAAUGUUUUAUUUAAUUAUUAUCACACACUUAGACAAAAUUCAGUGUCCUUUCCUCUGUGCAACAAAAAGUUGAUUAGAGAAUAUGCCUUGCGUACAUUUUCAAGUUAAUAUAUACUUUAUUAGUUGAAAUGUCAUAUUCGGCCAACCUAUCUAUGCAGGUUAACCUGAAACAACGCGAAAAAUAUAUUUUAUCUUAUAUUCUGCAAGUAGUUACUUUUUUCGAUCACUGAAACGAAGCAGGAAAGAAAAUCAAAAGAAAAACAAAACAUAAAAUGUUGCCCAUAAUGCAAUUUGCCAAUGAAUACCUAACAGGCACAACAUUUGCAUCCACCACUUUCGUAUUUAACAAACUUCACAUGCUUAGAUAUUUUACUGAAAGCACUCAAGCCAUGUUGCUCGUAUACAAACACUCAAAUUUACUUUUGCAAUUUUUAGUAUCGAACAUUCGUCACACGCAUUGAUAUUAUCAUCACUUUCCUUUUGUUCGGCUUAUUUCAUCAACCUAAAUAUCGUUUAUCAGGUAUUUCAUACGAAACCACACAACACCAACAAUAAAUCAAAUCAAUAAUAAAUAAUUUAAAUUUAAAUGCUAAUUUAAUGGAGAUAUUAUAUUCAUUCAUCUUAUAAAAAAACAAUAACUAUCUUUCAAUAUAAAGCCUAUAUUAAAAGGAAGUAUUUACAGAAAACGCUCACAUGUCGCCUUCAUUAUUUUUAACAUGAUAUUUUUGCUUUUUUAUGUUCUACCAUAUGUUUAUUACAUGUUCAGAUUACAUUUCUUAAUGUAUCAUGAAUAAGAGACAUUUUGUUUUGAAUUCAUAUUCUAUCUUCAUUUGUAUUUUAUUUAGUCACCAUUUGAACUAGCCUUGAUGCAAUAUUAUAAUGAAAAUCAUUUUGAUUCUUUAUGAAAGAAAGUUUAGACACUUGUCUCGAUUGUUGUUUCCAAAAUCAAAAUUUCCUCAUAGAAAUAUUAUAUGCGAAAAAAGAAUUGAAUUCAACCUUUGACCGAAAUGAAGCAAACCAUGUGGUUGUAGGGGUAUCAGCUGCUCUUGGGGGAAUCAAUUGAUUGUGCAGACCAUAAAUUGCUUCUACCCCCUUGUACUAAUCAGAUCUAUAGUAAUCAAUGGACAAAUUUUCCCUGUUUCCACCUAAGGCAGUAAAUCCAUCUAUCUCUAUAAGUACAGAGGUCGAGUUAGUUGAGCAUCAGCCCCUUGACCAUCUGACUAAGAUUUGAGUCCUGGUUGCAUCAUAUAUGUUUUUGUUUAUCUUGGCACUUGUUCCGCUGUUCUAAGCUUAUCACUUACACAAUCUUAUUAAAAAUACCAACAAGAAAAAAAACUGAGUUGAAGCUCCACGAUAAUAAGAAUUGAAGACACGUUAUCUGAAAAAUAAUUUUCGAUCGGUACUUCCAGCUCAUAUUCUUUUGAUGAAUGUCUAAUUAAAAUAUCAAUAGCACUUGAAUAUGAGUUUUUCUCAAGCAUAUAUGAUUCAGAGUUCGCCAGGAAAUUUCUAAGGCGGUGCAAACGAUAUUUAUGUAUUUCUUGUAAAGACAAAGUUUAAAUUUCGGCCGAAAUAACUUUUUGCAACUUUACGCUCUGUCAAUUGUUUUUUCAUAACUCUGAAAGCAUGAAUUCCAAAAUAUGUAUAUUUUCUAUGGGAUUGAAAACUUAAACUGCGGUCAAUAGUUUCAAUACUUCAAACUAAAUCAACUCAUUUACGCUCUCAAACAUUCUUCUAGGUUGUUUGAUAUAUAUAGUAUAUAGUAUACUUGAUUCACUUCCUGCUUUAAUCGAGAAAAAAAUCAGUUUAUUCUCCUGCGAUAACUUAUAUGUAUAUGCAUAUAAUUAUCCAAGUAAUUAAAAGACAUCUAGGCAAAUAGUACAUUUCAAACCGUCCUUCUAAUUAAGGUAUGUAAUUAGUCUCUAGAAGUAGGUGUACAGAAAUGAUAUUGCGUCGCAUGUCCAAGAAAAAGGUUCCGAUAAUGCUCCAAACAAUACGUUCUUCACAUCACCUUUCCAUAAAAAAUCUUUUGUCAUACAUAUUUUCCACGACUAAUCAUCUUUCCUCACAUUGCCUUUUGUAUGCCAGCAGAUUCAAGCCAAUUAUUCAAAUUGCACUACAGCAAUAUAAAGUGCACUUCGACUAGUUUUAUGAUAACUUAUCGGUUAUGAAAUUCAUCACUUUUUCGCAUAUGUAUUUCUUCAUAUCGACUUUUUAUUUUACUUCUAGAUAUAUUGUUAAAAAAAACUGUAGUUACCAAUAAAACUAUCACGUAAUAGUUACCAAUUAAUCUUGCCUUUUUCUAGUUGAUAUCUAGGAAAUGUUCAUUAAAAAAUAUCGAUAAUUAUAAUUCAAUAGGUAAUACAAUAUCAUACAUGCUCUCAAUCAUAAGAGCCCGAAUCGGUGAAGCAUUUUAAGUCUUAUGUAUGAUUUAUUUCAAAACAUUAUAAAUAAUAUCGGUCGUCAGCAUAUAGGCUUCGAACAUUCGUGCAAUAUUAUAAUUUUAUAAAGACCGAAUUAUUCAAUGUAUGCUCAUCAUAAGAGAAAUUGAUAUGGAAAAAUUAUCUGAAUCUAUAAGACAUUUAAAGCUGUAAAAUCUCCCUAGACAAAACUACAUUUUUUCCAAAUGAAUUCAAAAUUUUACUAACAUCACAAGGCCAAAGUAUCCACUUUUCAACAUACAUAGAAAACACAUUAGAAACGCAAUGAAAUAUAACCGCAUGUCAUUUUUCUCGAGAUCAAUAGAAAUUCAUCGAAACCUAACUGAGAAAAAAUAUAAAAUAUACAAAUGAUCCAAUAAAAUCGGAAAACAUUGUUCAAAAUACAUUCUUAAUUACAUUUUCGAACUUAAUAAGGCGGCACUAUAUAUAAUAUUUUUACAAUGACAAAUACAACUGUGAUAUUGUAAGUGGAGCUUUUUCAAAAUAAUUUCAGUCCAAAUGUCUUGUUUAUUUUCUUAAGUUUCUAAUUUGUUUGAACAAUCAAGGUUAGUUACUGUCUGUUCUGUUAUCCUUAAGCAAUUUUUCCUUAUGUUGCUUUAUAUAAUAUAAUAAUCGUAUAUAUAGACAAAAAAUAAUAAAAUUCAAAAAUAAUGUUAAAUCUCUAAAAAGACGUCGUUGUUAUUAAUGGAAAAUAGAUAAUAUAUAUAAAGAUAUUUUCUUAUGUCAAAUAUAUUUUCAGAUUUUAUUAAUUUUAUUAUUGUUUUUCUUUUAGUUUUAAGAGAAGUGAAUUUUAUUUUAAUGUAGUGAUCCAGUUUUCCUUAAAAACUGUUGCGAAUUUGUUCAAAUUCUAUAGAUCUUUAAUAGGAAACAUAAAUAAAUAAUUUAUUGUUGAUAAUACGGGGGAUUUAAAAUUAACACUAAUGAAAUGUCAUAACAAACGGCUGCAUAAAUAUAAAACAAGAAAGAUGUAAUAAAAAAAUAUUGUAAUUUAGAAUAACUCUAUUGAAAGUAGAUAAAAAAUGUUAUUGCUAUUUAAAAAAAUCUAUUAAAAAAAUAUAUGAUGAUGAUGUUAAAACAAGAAAAAAAAUAUAGAAAUCUAAGGGCAUACAUGUUGUAUUUAAAUUCAACAAAAACCAUUUGUAUAGGCUAUAAAAUUAUACAUAGAAAUAUAUAUUUGAAAAUAAAGAACACAUAAAAAUGUAAUUUUAUUUUUUUGCCUUAAAUAUUUCGAAAUAAUAACCUUGUUAAUAGUGUUAUCAAUUUCAACAUAAUACAUUGAUUUAAUUGGAAUCAAAUGAUGAGAAAUGGAGAAAUAGUAGAAAGUAUACAUACAAAUCUAUCAAAUUCAAGAGUGCAAAAGCAGACAAGCGUACGUGUUGUAGUCUAAGGUAAACAAAUGAAAAUUAAUUUAAUUAUUUACAUAAAACCAACUGAAGACAAUUUAUAAAACAAAUUGCAAAUGAGACACGACAUAUUCUAGAAUCUAAAAUCAUUACGAAUUUCAAUUAACCAACUAGUAAAAAUACCAAGUGUAAUAAAGUAAUAAUUUAUGACUUUCCUUUCAAUUUAUUCACAAUUUUAUUAACUCUUAGCACUUACAUGAUCGAAAACAUGUGACUAAUAAUUAACCAUAUAAAUAUUUCUAAAUGAGUAAAGACAAUGGUUACCACAAUAACAUUUACUAUCGAAAUAGUAACUACUCCUACUGAGUUGAUUGAUCGAACUUCUUCAUUUGCCUUUCAUUUUUCGUUUUUCUUUUGUACAUCUUAUUUUAUACUUGUUGAAUAUAUCUACAUAAGAAAAUAGAUAAUAUUGUCGGCUGUGUUUUGUCAUCUUGUCCAAAAUGAAUAUGUGGUUAUGAAAAUGUUUUAAGAAAUGAUAAAAUAAAAUUACAUUUAUUGUAUAUUUCCCGUGAAAAUUAUACGAAAUGACGAUAGUGAUCGAUAGAAAACAAAUAAUAAUAAAAGGAUUUUUUGAUUUUGGUUUCUA